CACACACACACACACACACCAUGGCGCGCCAGACUGCUUUAACAGCGACGACCCUAGAAACUAACUGGUGCUAGGGAUCUCACACAGCGAUGACAAUGGGGGCUGCUGUUUGCUUUUUGAAAGCUUUGCCUUUUGCACCCCUUGUCCACCACCCGAUCUGUUGUUGAUUGCACAGUAAAUAAAGGAUUGUCGUAUAGUGGGUUUUUUUGUUUUUUGUUUUUUGUUUUUUCAAUUUAGGAAGAAUCUAAUUUCUGGAAACCUGCACAGCUUUCCGCAAGCGGCGAUCAAAUUCUAUUUGUGCUGCCGCAUUUACUGUCACCGAACUAUUGCAUUAUUAUUAUAUUAUUAUUAUUAUUAUUAUUAUUAUUAUUAUUAUUAUUAUGAAUUUAAUCAAUUAAAACCUGCAUCGGAAACUAUAUUAAAAAUUAAAAAAAAGAAACCAUUUAUAUAUUCCCGUUUAUUGAGAAGCGCAAGCUGCUGUUUAUCAUUUUUAGAUCUGGAUCAUAAUUUCUGCUGUUGUCAUCUUCGAAAUAGUAGCAGGAUUUGGAAUCUGCAUCUAUAUCCUUGGCUAGCCUCCCGUAUGCACUUUGCAAUACAAUAGCAUUGCAAUAGGGAGGAUCCGCGCCGGCUGGCUGAAAACAAGUAAAACAUAGGAUGCUUUGGAUGUAAAAUACAUUGUCAAGAUGGGGAAAGAUCAGGAAUUGCUCCAAGCGGUGAAGACUGAAGAUCUUAUUACGGUGCAGAAGCUCUUGCAGAGGCCCAAGCCGGGGAAAGCAAAGCUGUUAGGCUCAACUAAGAGGGUCAACGUGAACUUCCAAGACACAGAUGGGUUGUCCGCUUUGCAUCAUGCUGCCCUCAAUGGGAACAUGGAGCUUAUCUCCUUGCUGCUGGAGGCACAGGCUACAGUGGAUAUUAAGGACCAGAAAGGAAUGCGUCCACUGCACUAUGCGGCCUGGCAGGGUAAAGUUGAGCCAAUGAAGAUGCUGCUGAAGUCGGGAUCUUCUGUCAAUAGCCAAUCAGAUGAAGGACAGAUCCCUCUGCAUCUUGCAGCACAGCACGGGCAUUACGGUGUUUCAGAGAUGCUUCUACAGCAUCAGUCCAAUCCGUGUAUCGUGGACAAUGCAGGAAAGACUCCCUUAGACCUGGCCUGUGAAUUUGGAAGAGUUGGGGUGGUCCAGCUGCUGCUGAGCAGCAGCAUGAGCGCUGCUUUGCUGGAGCCCAAACCGGGUGAGACCACCGACCCCAACAGCACCAGCCCCCUGCACCAGGCAGCCAAGAACGGCCACAUCGACAUCAUCAGGCUGCUUCUGCAAGCUGGCAUUGACAUCAACAGGCUGACCCAUGCUGGCACCGCACUGCAUGAGGCAGCUCUCUGCGGGAAGACAGAGGUGGUGCGCCUGCUGCUGGAUAAUGGUAUCAAUGCCCAGGUCAGGAACACAUACAGCCAGACGGCCCUGGAUAUCGUUAACCAGUUCACUGCCACACAGGCCAGCAAGGAGAUCAAGCAGCUGCUCAGAGAUGCCUCGGCUGCCCUGCUGGUCAGGUCUAUGAAGGAUUAUUGUAACAACUACGACCUGACCAGCCUGAAUAUCAAAACCGGAGAUGUCAUUACAGUGUUAGAGCAGCACCCUGAUGGCCGAUGGAAGGGCUGUAUCCAUGACAACAGGACAGGAAAUGAUAGAGUGGGAUAUUUCCCUUCCAGCAUCGUGGAGGUGAUCAGUAAGAGGACAGGUUCAUGGAACUCUGUCAUUUGUACCCAACAGUAUCAAAAGAUACAGAUUUCUGCAUCAUCGUACGGCCUUGGCGCCGUGGUUAAUGGCGAAACUUACCAUCAGUUCCAUUACUUGCCACCACCUCCACUUCCCCCUUCACAUUCCCAUCAGCCACUUUUCAGUUCCUUUGGCUAUCACAGGUCCUAUAGUACUUCAGAAGAGCUGCACGGUGGACAAGGUCCCCGAGGCUCAGAAUCCAGUCCACAUGGCUCACCCACCCUGGCUACGGGCAGCUCCGCCGGCGCCAAUGAGGAGAUCUGGGUUCUGCGCAAGCCCUUCGCAGGCGGUGAUCGCAGCAGUGUGGGCAGCUCGGGGAGCAUGGUCAGUGCCCGAUCGUCUGGGAGUGGACAGAGUGCAAGCAGCAGCGUCCACGCGCUGCACGCCCAGGCAGAGGGUGUCAAGCUUUUGGCAACAGUCCUGUCCCAGUCCCAGAAGGCGAAGGAACACCUUGCUGCUGAAGGUUCUGGAAAGUCUUUGGACCAACCUGCAGGGUCCUCGCGUCCACAGAACGUGGCCAGCUGCCCCUACCACGAGCAGCCACACGGGGACCAGCCACCACAGAAGAAAGCCGAGACAGUGUCCGAGGGGAAGAGCUCAGGGGCUGUUAUCCAUUGGCUGAGCGAGUUUCAGCUCCAGGUCUACGCUCCAAACUUCAUCACUUCGGGUUAUGAUAUUUCCACCAUUAGCCGCAUGACCCCCGAGGAUCUCAUGGCUAUCGGAGUAACCAAGCCUGGUCACAGGAAGAAGAUUACUUCUGAAAUCAGCAAGCUGAAUGUGGCAGAAUGGCUUCCCGAACACAAGCCUGCUAACUUGGCUGAAUGGCUGACUAUGAUAGGCCUCGGCCAAUAUUAUCAAGUCCUUGUGCACAAUGGCUAUGAGAACAUAGACUUCAUUACAGACAUCACCUGGGAGGACCUGCAGGAGAUUGGCAUCACCAAACUAGGCCAUCAGAAGAAGCUCAUGCUGGCUGUGAAGAAGCUGGCAGAGAUACAGAAGGCGGCGGAGCACGGUCGGGGUACCCUCAGGAGGAAGGCUCCUCAGUCUCUAGAGGUAGCGGCCAUCGAGUCCCCUCAGCAGGAGUCGGCAGAGUGCCUGUCCCCCAAGAUGACCACCUUCCAGGACAGCGAGCUGUGCAACGAGCUGCAGGUUGCCGUGACUCACGGAGGGGACUCCCAGGACAACAUAGAGUUGAAGCAAGCCAGCAACCAAAUGCCCCAGCGACCCCAGAUGUCUCGGAGCCUCCACGAGAACAGCCUGAGCAGCAAGGCCAAGGAACCACCAGUGGAGGGGCCUGCUGAGGAGGGGGGCACUCCCCAGAGGAAGGAAGUGCGGCCCAUGAUGCAGAGGGCAAACGUGCCCCCUGUGCUGGGAAAACCCAGGCAGUCCUUCCCUCCUGCUGGAGGUCCUCCUUAUACACCUCCCCAGACCCCCACAAAACCCAGGCCGUCCUCCCCACAGACUAUGGGGGUUUCUCAAACUACGGCCAAAGUGAAGCCCACCCAACAGCUGCUUCCCCAGACAGACCACCCCAUGUCCCCCAGGUCUCUCCAACAAUCCCCCACACACCGGGGCUUCGCCUAUGUCUUGCCCCAGCCAGUAGAAGGAGGUGAAGCAAAUGCCAGCCAUGGGACUGGAGUUUCUCCCACUCUCCCUGUUUCCGUGCCAGUGCUCUGCCUCCCUUCGCAAGGGGAUGAAUCCGAUGAGGAGCAGGGAAGGCCAAAGAAACGGGCCCACAGCUUGAACCGGUACGCCAUGUCCGACAGCGAGAGGGACCGGGAAGAGUUAAUGGUGCCAGAUGUUGCGCCUUAUGCCACCGUGCAGCGGCGUGUGAGCAGGAGCCACUCUGUGAGAGGCCAGUCUGGGGAUAAUAACGUCAACCGCAGCCAGUCCUUCGCCCUCCGGCCCAAGAAGAAGGGCCCGCCUCCCCCUCCCCCCAAGCGCUCCAGCUCAGCCAUUUCGAGCACAAACCUGGCAGGUGACUUCACUGGGGAGGGUGGUGGCAACGAGCUGGUGGUGGUGUACCGGGAGCAGCGGCGGGCCAGUGACUUCGGGGGCAUGGUGGACACAGGAAGCGCCGGCAGCGUGAAGAGCAUCGCCGCCAUGUUGGAAAUGUCCUCUAUCGGGGGAGGACCCAAAGCUCUGGCACUGCAGAAGGCUCUCGGUGGCAGUGGCAUACACUAUCUGCAGCCCAGUCCGGAGCAUGGGCGAGUGGCCUCUGUGAAGCACCGAGACGCGAUCGGCCUGGACGGGGAAGUGGUCAACCGGCGGAGAACCAUCAGCGGGCCCGUGACUGGACUGAUUGCGGCAGCGCGCAGAGAGAGGGUCGACACCGCAAGAUCCGCCAAGGAACCCGAGCCCUCGAAGGAUAAGCCUCAAGAGGACCAGCCAGCUUCUCAGAACAGCUCCAGUGAGAAUAUCCCCUUCGCCAAAGAGGGCAACCUGACCAUCAAGCAGAGACCCAGGAAACCGGAGGCGGGCGACAGCCUGCCAGACAGCGUGUACACCCUGAAACAGGAAGACAUCUCCAGAGUGGAUGCCAAUGCUACCCUAAAGAGAAGAGUGAAGUCAAGGCAUCACCCAGAUGGUGUGAAAUUCCACCUUACCGAGUCAAGCACUGUGAAGAGACGGCCAAAAACCAAGGAGAAGGACCAGACAGGUUCCCCGCAGGAGUCUCAGCACUUUGCUCUCUAUCAGAACGGAACGGGCACUAUUAAACGAAGGCCAGUGUCAGAGAUGAGUGGGGUGGAGAGCCCCGUGCCCCACUUGGUGGCUGAGGGCCAUGGUGACCAGGGGCCCCGCAGAGACAGUCUGGAAGCUGGUGACGGAGAGACCAGGAAGCCUGUCAAGCCGCCUGUCUCCCCCAAACCAGUCCUCACACAACCGGGCACUGUGAAGAAGCAAGGACCCCCGACAUCCACUUCAAAGAAGGCUCCUAUCCCCGGACCUGGAAGUCCAGGGGGGGUCCCCCCAGCCUCCCCUCAGCCCUCCCCUCAGCCCUCCCAUCACGGGGUCCCUGUGAAGCCUCCUCGCUCCUCCAUGGGCAGCACCUCCACAGACAGCACCUGCCCUGACACAGCGCAACAGAAACUGGAGGAGACCAGUGCCUCACUCGCUGCUGCCCUGCAGGCUGUCGAGGAUAAGAUCAGACAGGAAGAGCAACACAAAGCAGAUUCCAGCACCGAAGCAAAGACCACAGUCAGCAUCCUGGAUGACAUUGGCAGCAUGUUCGAUGAACUAGCUGACCAGCUCGAUGCGAUGCUGGAGUGAAUACAGCAAGGAGAGCUCAAGAUUCACAAACCUCAGGACUCAGAGUGGAUACAAGGGCACAAAAACCAUCUCUGAUAGAACCCCGUCCCCUCCCUCCCUUUCCCUUUUAUGGACAACGCAUUGUGUACCGAAGAUCUCUUCUCAAUGUCCAACACAACUCAAAUCAGUUUGCACAAUUAACCUAUUAUUAAAAUGAAGAUGAAUUACCUCAGGAUUGUGCAAAAGAAAAUCAGAGUGCACUAGACAGACAGGAUCCAGAGGGUCAGUGCGAGGGACUUUGCAGUAGAAAAUGUUACAAUCUUUUUUUCUAUUUGUGCGACGAGUAUGAAAUCUAUUGUAAAAAAAAAAAAAAAAAAGUGUGGUAUUAAAUGUAUGGUAAUAAACUAUGGUAUGUGUAAAAUUGUAAGCAUGAAGAAAGAAAAGAGUUUAUAUCGUGAAUCCUGCAAAAAUAAAUAACCAUUUCUCAUAAAGAGAAACUCAUUAAAUCUUAGUGCAGUAAUAUUUUUUGUUUUGCUGAGA